AUUUGGGUAGCGAGCAGACACUCCUGGAUGAAAGUCUGGAGGUUCCACAGUCAGCGUUCUUACCACGUGCCUUGAACCUCAUUCCGUCAUGCGUCAGCGUUAAUAAAAAUCACUUUCACAUCAAUAAAAAGAAUGUUCCACCACCGUCAGCCCUGGUUGCUGAUCCCCACGGGAGUCCUGGGGUUCUUCUGCCUCUGGAGGACAUCGCCUUGGAACGCCCCAAGUGUCCUCACCAGUACAUCGAUCCAGCUGGACCUGUCGCUGCCGGCCCCCAGUAUCACCAACCAACGAGUCUUCAACAUCACCAAGAAGUACCCGAAACCAUCGAAGAGACGACACCGAGGGACAGUGUCCAGGUACAUGCUCCAGCUGUACCAUCAACGACCAUCAGCCGACAUUGUCCGGGCCCUUUCUCCCCUGCACGUGUCCGGGCCAAUCGAGCACAAUGGCGGCGGGAGGAUCCUGGAGUUUCAGCUGCCACCAGUCAAUCCAGAGGAAUCCCUCGAAGCCGCCGAACUCCUCGGCACCGCAGGUAUGAUUCUCCGAGUGAAAUCAAUGGACCAUUUCGUUCAGCCUGAGGAAGUCAGGGCCUCCAGAAAAGACGACUCCUGGCGGGCUUUCGAUGUGACAUCGGCUGUGCGAGAACGAGAGGACGUGGUGAAAUUUUUAGUCAGGGGGAGAGUCAGAAGACAACCGUCGGGAGAGAGUCCCAUUCUCCUCCUGAGCUAUACGAAGCCCAAGAAGAGGACGUCCCGAUCAGCGGAGGACGAGGGUGAAGAUGUUGUUGCUGCUUCUUGGUCGAUGGAGGCUCGUCGACGACGGAAGAACCCCUGCAGGAGGCGCCCUCUCUACGUCGACUUCUCCGCGAUAAACUAUGACGAGUGGAUUGUAGCUCCCCCGGGUUACGACGCCUAUCAGUGCUUGGGAAAGUGCUUCUUUCCAUUCCCUGAUCAUCUGAAUCCUACCAAACACGCGAUCGUCCAGUCACUGCUGCAUGGAGCCCUUCAAGGUGCGGAAGGGGGAAAGACCAUUGGCCGGGUCUGUUGUGUGCCAACCAGACUGGCGCCCACGAGUCUUCUCUAUUUGGAUGCCAGUGGUACUUUGACUUAUCAGUACAGUUAUGAGGAUAUGGUGGUAGUUGAGUGCGGUUGCCGAUAAAUUUGAGAACUUGUCAUAUGUCUUACUUAUUUGUAUUUUUUUAUUAAUAAACUAUGGCAUUCAUCGAACAGAAUAGAACAAUCACUGGGAUCAUCAGUCGCAUCUUGAAUUAUUUGAUAUAUCAUACAAAAAUAACUAAACAAAUGCCUUGAGCAGACUUUCAAGUAAUGCGAGAUUGAAUGACAUUCAAUUGAAAAUGAGUAAAUGGAUAAAA